GGGCCGGUGACUCCGUCCUUCCCGCAGCUGCAGCGGCGCGCAGGGCACUUGGGUUAGUGGCGCGGCGGGCGGCGCGGACAGCCGAGGCGGACGCCCGCUCCCGCCGCCAUGGUCAUCAAAACAGACGAGUUGCCGGCGGCCGCCCCGGCGGACAGCGCCCGGGAGCCCAGCUCGCAGGCCGGUGGCAAGGGGCGGCCGGGCGCGACGGAGCUGCCAUCAGUCAUGCUGUUGAAUGGGGACUGCCCGGAGAGCCUGAAAAAGGAAGAGGGGGCUGCCGAACCGCCCCGGGAAAAUGGGCUGGAUGAGGCUGAGCCGGGAGAGGAGACCACUGGACAGGAAGUCAUUGUCAUUCAGGACACGGGCUUUUCUGUGAAGAUCCUGGCUCCUGGGAUCGAGCCCUUCUCCCUCCAGGUGUCCCCCCAGGAGAUGGUACAGGAGAUCCACCAGGUGCUCAUGGACCGUGAAGACACAUGUCACCGCACCUGCUUCUCACUGCACCUGGACGGCAACAUGCUGGACCACUUCUCAGAGCUGCGCAGUGUGGAGGGGCUGCAGGAGGGCUCGGUGCUACGCGUGGUGGAAGAGCCAUACACGGUGCGAGAGGCCCGCAUCCACGUGCGCCACGUUCGAGACCUGCUCAAGAGCCUGGACCCAUCCGAUGCCUUCAACGGGGUUGACUGCAAUUCCUUGUCCUUCCUGAGUGUCUUUACUGACGGCGACCUGGGAGACAGCGGGAAGCGGAAGAAGGGCUUGGAGAUGGACCCCAUCGACUGUACCCCGCCUGAGUACAUCCUUCCAGGGAGCCGGGAGCGGCCGCUGUGUCCUCUGCAGCCCCAGAACCGUGAUUGGAAGCCCCUGCAGUGCCUGAAAGUGCUCACCAUGAGCGGCUGGAACCCACCCCCUGGGAAUCGCAAGAUGCACGGGGACCUCAUGUACCUGUUCGUGAUCACAGCCGAGGACCGACAAGUCAGCAUCACGGCGUCCACUCGGGGGUUCUACCUGAACCAGUCCACAGCGUACCACUUCAACCCCAAGCCUGCCAGCCCCCGCUUCCUCAGCCAUUCCCUGGUGGAGCUGCUCAACCAGAUCAGCCCAACCUUCAAAAAAAACUUUGCCGCCCUGCAGAAGAAAAGGGUCCAGCGCCACCCGUUCGAGAGGAUCGCCACCCCAUUCCAGGUAUACAGCUGGACAGCGCCCCAGGCGGAGCACGCCAUGGACUGUGUGCGCGCAGAGGAUGCCUACACCUCCCGGCUGGGCUACGAGGAGCAUAUUCCAGGACAGACCCGGGACUGGAAUGAAGAGCUGCAGACAACGCGGGAGCUGCCUCGGAAGAACCUGCCUGAGCGGCUGCUGCGAGAAAGAGCCAUAUUCAAGGUACACAGCGACUUCACAGCGGCAGCCACGCGGGGCGCCAUGGCAGUCAUCGAUGGCAACGUGAUGGCCAUCAACCCCAGCGAGGAGACCAAGAUGCAGAUGUUCAUCUGGAACAACAUCUUCUUCAGCUUGGGCUUUGACGUCCGCGACCACUACAAGGACUUCGGGGGGGACGUGGCGGCCUAUGUGGCGCCCACCAAUGACCUGAAUGGCGUGCGCACAUACAAUGCCGUGGAUGUGGAGGGGCUGUACACGCUGGGCACGGUGGUAGUGGAUUACCGCGGCUACCGUGUCACGGCCCAGUCCAUCAUCCCUGGCAUCCUGGAGCGGGACCAGGAGCAGAGCGUCAUCUACGGCUCCAUUGACUUUGGCAAGACGGUGGUGUCGCACCCGCGUUACCUGGAGCUGCUGGAACGCACGAGCCGGCCCCUCAAGAUCCUGAGGCACCGGGUGCUCAACGACCGGGAUGAAGAGGUGGAGCUCUGCUCCUCCGUGGAGUGCAAGGGCAUCAUCGGCAACGACGGUCGCCACUACAUCCUUGACCUGCUGCGCACCUUCCCCCCCGACCUCAACUUCCUGCCCGUGCCCGGCGAGGUGCUGCCCGAGGAGUGCACCCGCGCCGGUUUCCCCCGCGCCCACCGCCACAAGCUCUGCUGCCUGCGCCAGGAGCUGGUGGACGCCUUCGUGGAGCACAGGUACCUCCUCUUCAUGAAGCUGGCAGCCCUACAGCUGAUGCAGCAGAAGGCCAGCAAGAUGGAGACCGCCCCGUCACUGGAAAACGGCGACCCCCCAUCCUCGGAGUCCAAGCCUGAAGACCCUCCAGCACCCGAGGUGGGAAGCGAGGAGGAGGGCAGCAGUGCUAGUGGCCUGGCCAAGGUGAAGGAGCUGGCAGAGACCAUCGCCUCGGAUGACGGGACAGCAGAUCCUCGCAGUCGGGAGGUGAUCCGCAACGCAUGCAAGGCUGUGGGCUCCAUCAGCAGCACGGCCUUUGACGUCCGCUUCAACCCCGACAUCUUCUCGCCAGGGGUUCGCUUCCCGGAGUCUUGCCAGGAGGAAGUUCGGGACCAGAAGCAGCUGCUAAAAGAUGCUGCUGCCUUCCUGCUCUCCUGCCAGAUCCCCGGCUUGGUGAAGGACUUCGCAGACCACGCGGUGCUGCCCAUGGACGGAGCCACGCUGGCCGAGGUGAUGCGUCAGCGCGGCAUCAACAUGCGCUACCUGGGCAAGGUGCUGGACCUGGUAGUCCGGAGCCCGGCCCGGGACCAGCUGGACCACAUCUACAAGAUCGGCAUCGGAGAGCUCAUCACCCGCUCUGCCAAGCACAUCUUCAAGACGUACUUACAGGGGGUCGAGCUCUCGGGGCUCUCGGCUGCCAUCAGCCACUUCCUGAACUGCUUCCUGAGCUCCUACCCCAACCCUGUGGCCCACCUGCCCGCCGACGAGCUCGUCUCCAAGAAGAGGAACAGGAGGAGGAGAAACCGGCCGCCAGGGGCAGCAGACAACACAGCCUGGGCUGUCAUGACCCCCCAGGAGCUUUGGAAGAACAUCUGCCAGGAGGCCAAGAACUACUUUGACUUCAGCCUCGAGUGUGAGACCGUGGACCAGGCCGUGGAGACCUACGGGCUGCAGAAGAUCACGCUGCUGCGGGAGAUCUCCCUGAAAACCGGAAUCCAGAUCCUGCUGAAGGAGUACAGCUUCGACAGCCGCCACAAGCCCGCGUUCACGGAGGAGGACGUGCUCAACAUCUUCCCUGUGGUCAAACACGUCAACCCGAAGGCUUCAGACGCCUUUCACUUCUUCCAGAGCGGGCAGGCCAAAGUACAGCAGGGCUUCCUGAAGGAGGGCUGCGAGCUCAUCAACGAGGCCCUGAACCUGUUCAACAACGUGUACGGAGCCAUGCACGUGGAGAUCUGUGCCUGCCUGCGCCUCCUCGCCCGCCUCCACUACAUCAUGGGCGACUACGCUGAGGUGAAGAGGCCGAGCUGCUGUGGAGGCUCGUGGGCCAGGCAGACUGGGUGUGGGGCGGUACCACCCGGGAGUGACAGCCCCCCACCUCCCCAGGCCCUCAGCAACCAACAGAAGGCUGUGCUGAUGAGCGAGCGAGUGAUGGGCAUCGAGCACCCCAACACCAUCCAGGAAUAUAUGCACCUGGCCCUGUACUGCUUCGCCAGCAGCCAGCUGUCCACGGCCCUGAGCCUGCUGUACCGCGCCCGCUACCUCACACUGCUCGUGUUCGGGGAGGACCACCCUGAGAUGGCCCUGCUGGACAACAACAUCGGGCUGGUGCUGCACGGAGUGAUGGAGUGUGACCUAUCGCUGCGCUUCCUGGAGAAUGCGCUGGCCGUCAGCACCAAGUACCAUGGGCCCAAGUCCCUCAAGGUGGCCCUCAGCCACCACCUGGUCGCCCGGGUCUAUGAGAGCAAAGCCGAGUUCCGGUCAGCCCUGCAGCACGAGAAGGAAGGCUACACCAUCUACAAGACGCAGCUGGGCGAGGACCACGAGAAGACCAAGGAGAGCUCCGAGUACCUCAAGUGCCUGACCCAGCAGGCCGUGGCCCUGCAGCGCACCAUGAACGAGAUCUACCGCAACGGCUCCAGCGCCAACAUCCCGCCCCUCAAGUUCACAGCCCCCAGCAUGGCCAGCGUCUUGGAACAGCUGAACGUCAUCAACGGCAUCCUCUUCAUUCCUCUCAGCCAAAAAGACUUGGAGAAUCUGAAAGCCGAGGUGGCGCGGCGGCACCAGCUCCAGGAGGCCAGCGGGAACAGGGAUAAGGCUGAGGAGCCCAUGGCUACUGAGCCAGAGCCAGCAGGGGCCUCAGAGGAUGUGGCCUCCCAGCCCCCAGCUGCCAAGGACCCUCCUUCCCUGAGCUUGCAGGGGUAGGAAGGGAGACACAGACAGACAGUCGGCCAGCUGCCCCGUUACCCAGCGAUCCAGACUCCAGGAGAAGGGGGCGUGCCCUGCACAUCAGGAGAGGCAGCGAGUCCUCCUCCUCCACGCUUCCAAUCCCACCCUGCCCCCAGCAUCCUCCUGGGACCCUGGCCUGGCCUGCCUGACCCUCUGAAAGAUGUUCUUGCACUGGUUCGAAGAGUAUACGACGCAGAGGCCUAAUCGGAGACACGUGAAUGGAGCGCGUGGGCAUCAGUUCCCAGCUGGCGGACAGGUGCCCCCUCGGGCCCCCCUCCUCAAGCAGGUGUGCGCGAGCGUGUCUGUGCCCGUGAGUGUCCUGCUGCGCCCUUCCUGACUUGCGCAUAGCCCCGGUCCGGCUCCGAGUGGGUGGGUGGCGUCAGGGGAGACUUCUCAGGUCAUUCGUAUGUUUGACAUGGCUGCUGCUUUUGCUGCCACUACCCCGGGCCCGACCUGAAAGUCCAGGUUUGAAGCCGAAAAGAGGGGAGCUUUCCUGUGUCCUGGGUUGGGGAGCCAGAGCUCUGUGGCAGGGCUGGACGGCUGGGGAGCACUUUAUGGCGGGGUGAGGGCCGCAGCAGCUUUACUAACCACCGGUAGGCCGGGCCUGGCCUGGCUGUGCUUGGGGUUGGGCAUCGGUGGUUCCCCAGACACCCCUGUGCCCAGCCCCGGCUUGUCGGCCCUUGGGCCCCAGCAGGAGGUGCUGCCUUCCCACUCCCCGCACCCCAGCUGGGGCUAACCUUGGGGUAUAGUCUGAAUGUAUCCUUCUCCCUGUUGAACAACCUCAGCUGCCUAACGCACAGGGGGGUGGGGGGGACCCGGACUGAAUCGUGGAUCCCGGGGGAGACGUCACAGAUACAGGAGUGACUGUCCCUUGUUUGUGGAGCUUAGCUCCCUACCUGGUCCUAGGACACACAGGCACCUCCUACAGAGAGGAGCUCUGGGAGGGGAAGGGAGGGGGCUGCCCGUGCCGCUUCUCUGGGCCUGCUGUCAGAGCCCUAGCAGGUGGGCGGAGACGGCCACCCUUGGGAGCUGGAGGGCGCGGUCCUGCGGCUGGGGCCUCCGCCUGGUGGCUCUGCACGGAGCCGCGGCCGGGUAUGGCCUGUCCCAACGCCUGGUUUCAAAGGGAGUGGGUGCGAGCUAGCAAGCGAGGCAUCCCCACAGCUGAUCAAGAACUUUUUCUUGUUUUUAAACCAUCAGUCUUCAUUUCACAUUGGAAUAAAGUGAGUUUUUGAAACCUGC